AUGAUGCAUCUGGUCCUCGACUCAUCUGACGCAGGUUCCGUCCACCUCAACUGGAUGCGCAUGGCGAUGAUCAUGGCGGAGGAGGCACUUGCAGCGGGAGAGGUCCCUGUAGGGUGUGUCUUCGUGCGCAACGGCGAGGCCAUCGCAAAAGCGCGAAAUGGGACUAAUGAACCUCGCAAUGCAUCGAGACACGCCGAGCUUGAGGCUAUCGAUCUCAUUCUUGCCAACAAUGACGGCGGCAACCGGUAUCCCCUCUCUGACACCAAUCUAUUAUUCUGCGGCUGCGAAAACGACAAAUUCGAGGGAUGUGGAAGUGUCUUGGGAGUAAAUGCGCCUUCGGAGCACUCUAUACACCCGGCCUACGAUGCCAUCGGUGGUUAUCUUCGCGAAGAGGCUAUAAUGGUAUUGCGGCGAUUUUAUGUUACCCAAAAUGCGACCGGUUCGUCGUUCCUAUGCAAAAUGUGA